CUUAAUAAUAUCAAUCCCAAAUAACUGUUUCUGAAUCUAAUUUUUCAAAAAAUGUUUUCUGUAAUUCUAUAGAUGUUCUGUAGUAAUGGUUUGUAUCGCGGCUAAAUUCCCACCCGGUCAAAUUUAAGUCACAUGCGCCCCCAACCCUAAAAAAUCACCCCCGUGACAAAGUUUUAUAAAGUGAGUCAUGUCCCAAUCCGACACAAAACGGGCCCUCACCCCCGAAGAAUGGUCCUUCCUCACGCACUAUUUCGUGGGCAACGACCACCGCUACCGCGAAAACAUCAUAAUCCCCCGCACCCUAGGCCCCGUCCAAAUCAAAAGCAAUGAAGAAAAACGCGUGGAAGCCUUCUUCGAAAGUUGCCCCUUCAAAUCGCUCAUGAGCUGCGUCAUGGGCUACGGUCUGGGGGCUGCCAUCGGUCUGUUCUCAAGUAGCGUGGGGCCCACGGCCACCAACGUGGAGCAACAAACGGCGAGACAAGUCUUCCAAGAAAUGAAAAGCACAACGCUGAGUUAUGCUAAGAAUUUUGCCAUGAUUGGGGCCCUGUUUUCGGCAGUGGAGUGCAGCAUUGAGACGAUGAGGGGGAAAUCCGAUUGGAAGAACGGGACGUACGCGGGGGCUGUCACAGGGGGGCUCAUUGGGCUAAGGGCUGGGGUUAAGGCGGGCGUUCUGGGGGCGGCGGGAUUUGCGGCGUUCUCGACCGCCAUUGACUAUUACAUGCAUUCAAGGUUUUAAAUUAGUUAGGUAAAUUAGUUUUGUAAAUAUUUAAAAUUGUAAAAUAAAUAAAUAAUAAAAUGACA